AAAGUGCCUUAACUGGGUACCGGAAGAAUGCUACCGAUCUUUCCGGAACGUCCCUGAAAUCUCCUCCAUGAAUACUAUAAAUACCGAUGCUCCCACUAUUCCUUCACCAAGGUUUAAGAUUAAGGUUACAUUACUUAUAUUCAUCCAUUUGCAGACAAAAGAUGUCGAUCAUCCCGAGCUUCUUUGGUGGCCGACGAAACAGCAUCUUCGACCCAUUUGCCAUGGAUAUCUGGGACCCGUUCAAAGACUUCCCCUUUCCAACUUCAUCUGGAUCUGAUUCUUGGAGGGAAACCUCUGCUUUGGUGAACACUCGUGUGGAUUGGAAGGAAACCCCUGAAGCACACGUUUUCAAGGCUGAUCUUCCAGGGAUCAAGAAGGAAGAAGUGAAGGUGGAGGUUGAAGACGACAGGAUCUUGCAGAUCAGCGGUGAGAGGAAUGUUGAGAAGGAAGAUAAGAAUGAUACAUGGCACAGAGUGGAACGCAGUAGUGGGAAGUUCACGAGGAGGUUCAGGUUGCCAGAGAAUGCGAAAUUGGAGCAGGUGAAGGCUUCAAUGGAGAAUGGAGUGCUUACGAUUACUGUACCAAAAGAGGAAGUGAAGAAACCUGAUAUGUUUCAUUUCACUGCCUCCAAGCCCAACGACCGGCUCUCUCUAUCGCACGCCGAUUCAGUCUCCAAGAUUUCCCCAAGCAGCAGACAAUUCCUUUUUCCUAAGCAACAAUUCAGGCAUUCAUACUCUUGAGAUGCAAGUUUUAUUUGUGGUUAUCACUCGAAGACAUAAAUCAGGUAUACCAUCGAUUUAGGUUUGAUUUUGUUCCCCUCGCUUCUCUGUUUGAUUUCAUAUCAAUUCAUAUUGUCCAACACAAAUCAGGUAUGCCAUUGAUUUAGGUUUGAUUUGAUUCCUCUCGCUUCUUUGUUUGAUUUUGCUCCUCUUGCUGUUGAUUUGAUUUAGGUUUGAUUUGAUU